AUGGGAUACAACAUAGCAAUGGUUACAGAUUUCUUCUAUCCACAACCUGGUGGUGUGGAAUUUCAUGUGUACCAUUUAUCUCAAAAACUUAUUGACUUGGGUCAUUCAGUAAUCAUUAUAACGCACAAUUAUGGCGACAGAAAUGGAAUAAGAUAUCUAACCAAUGGAUUGAAAGUGUACUACGUACCAUAUUGGGUACUAUACAGGUCUUCAGCUUUUCCUACAAUUUUUUCAGCCUUUCCAAUACUACGAAAUAUUUUCAUUCGAGAAAGCAUUGAUAUAAUACACGGGCAUGGAUCCUUAAGUACUUUGGGCCUUGAAGCAAUAUUUCAUGGAAGAACAAUGGGGCGAAAAACAGUAUUUACUGACCAUUCCUUGUUUGGUUUUGCUGAUAUGGGUUCAAUAUGGGGCAAUAAAAUUUUGAAAUUUGCAAUCAGCGAUGUGGGCCAUGUUAUUUGUGUAAGUCACACGUGCAAAGAAAAUACAGUGUUGCGAGCAAGUAUCGAGCCAUGGAAGGUCUCAGUGAUUCCCAAUGCUGUGAUUUCAAAGGAUUUCAGGCCUGAAUUACCGAUUGGGAGUAGGGUAGACUCUGAUGUGAUUACAAUUGUUGUAAUUACUAGACUUUUCCCCAACAAAGGUGCUGACUUAUUGACAGCUAUAAUACCACGAAUAUGUUUCUCAAACACUAAGGUCAACUUUAUAAUUGCUGGUGAUGGUCCGAAAUACAUGGAUUUGGAACAAAUGAGAGAAAAGUAUUUCCUUCAAGAGAGAGUGCAACUUAUUGGGGCCAUUAAACAUGAAGAGGUUAGAAAUGUAAUGACACAAGGUGAGAUAUAUCUACAUCCUUCAUUGACCGAGGCAUUUGGAACUGUGCUAGUUGAAGCGGCUUCUUGCGGGUUGUACGUAGUUACGACAAGAGUUGGUGGUAUUCCCGAAGUGUUGCCGUCCAAUAUGACAAGCUUUGCCGAGCCAGAGGAGGAUUCACUUGUAGAAGCAACAUUAGAUGCCAUCCACAAAAUUCAAUCAGGUGACAUCGACACGUCAGACUUUCACGAAAGGGUGGGCAAGAUGUAUAGUUGGGCAGAUAUAGCUCAACGAACAGAGGCGGUUUAUGACAGCUUGGACUUGGCUGAAUUAAAUGAACCAUUGAUCCCUCGACUACUGAAGUUCUACUGCUGUGGCUUAAUUGCCGGAAAGUUGUUUGUUUUGUGUGUGAUUGUUGAUAUUUUUCUAUACACCAUCCUCGAAUGGUUGUACCCAGGCGAACAUGUCGAUCUAGCUACUAAAUGGCCUAAGCAAAAAAGACACAAAAGAAUAAGGGAAAAGCACUCUUAA